GCCAAAGGUGAAAACACCAGUUGUCACAAUUAGAGAAGGUAGCUCAAAAAAAGUUGCAGAAGGAUCAGAAAAUCAAACAAAGGGGAAAACAAGAUGGUCAGGAUACAUGUACACGGGAUAUGGCAUCAGGUAGAUGUGAAGAUGAUAUUAUUCCAGAUUCAUUGCCUACGGCAGAUCACCAACACAUAACAACAAAUGUUGUACUUCCAAAGUCCCAGAGGUAUCCAGGCUUAGGUGACAGUGGGAUCGAUCUGGCUGAAGGAGAGGCAUUGCAAAGUGAUAGGGCUGAUGUCUCAUCUAAGAAUAAAAACAAGAAAGAGAAAGAUUCCAGUUUUGAUUUUACAGUUGACAUUGAUGAUGACUUCAAACAUGUAGACAAACAAGUAUCACAAGGAACAAAAAAGUUUUUGAAAAAGAAGAAACAAGGGAAUAAGACAGACCAAAAUAUCUCACAAAAUUACCAACAAAUGGAUCAAGCUGAUGAAAACUCGAUGACACAAUCUUCAGACCUUCCAUCAUCAUUUGAUGUAAAUGUAAUUCAGGAAUCUCAAUAUGUGUCAACUGAGACAGGGAUAGAAGGUUCAAGUGAUGUUCAAGAUACAAGUAAAAACAGUGAUUGUUUAUACAGCUCCACAGUUAAUACCAAGUCAAGCAUGGAUGUGAACACACUUACUACAAAGGUGAUGUCUGGAAAACAGAAGAAGAAAUUCUCAGAAAAACAGAAGAAACCACUCCCUCCCAAAGGUAAAGUUCAAAGUUUGAACAGAAUUGGAGAGAGUGUUAGCAGUGAAUCAUCAUUGCAAGGUGUUCCUACUGAUGUUACAUCACGACUCACAGAGGCUCAUGUGGAAGUCACAAGAAUGAACACCUUGCCUUCUUUUAAAGACAUGAAAGACAAGAACGUAGUGAAGAAAAGCACUACUGGGAAGGAUUCAGCAACAAAGAAGAAGAGCAAAUGUAAAGACAAAAAUGCUUUGGCUAAAGAAGUAGAGCUAUUUGGUUUCACUACAAAUACAGAAGUGACAAGAGAAGCUGAACACAAGAAGGCUCUUGGAAAAACAGCCAAGUCAAAGCAGAAGGUAAAGACUAAUGGGUGCCAUGAAAUAGAAAAGGAGCAUGCUAAGGAGCCACAGCUAUUAGAAAAACACUGUAGAAGAGUAUUGCCAAGUCGAAAAGCUAAGGCUAAACAGAGUGAUGUGUAUAAUGAAGAAUUCAGUAGUUCUGAAAAUGUAGGAAAUCUCUUUGAAAGCCCAUUCAGCGUGGCAGAUGAUACUUCCAAAGAUUGGCCUAAAGAAUCUUCAGCAACAACAAAGAUGUCAUUGUAUGUUAAACCAAAGAAUUCACACAGAUUACUGUCUCAGUCUGGCUUAUAUUUCCCUGAACUUUACAAUAAUUCCAGCCCUGCAAGUGAUCCCUAUGAUUUUGAUAUGGAAUGUGAAGAGCAGCUUCAUACCAAUCCAGCUGAAGCCAUGGAUAUCAACCUGUCUAAUAAACAAAAUAGUAUGAAGGUUACAAGUAUGAAAACUUCCAAGUUUUUCAAACACAGAUCAGAAGUUGGGAUUAAUAUAAGCUCAGAGACUAUUGCAACCAAUUACAUGAAGACGUGGCAUCAGAAGCUAAAUAAGAAGGGUGGAAAGUCUGCAGUUUUAUCACAGUGCUAUACAAGCCAGAAGAGUGUGGACAAAAAAAGUGAAAAUGCCAAAAAGGAAAACAUCAACAGAAAAGAAAAUAGUCAGAACAAUAAUUCCAAAACAAAGCGACAGAAUUAUGUUGAAGAAACAGCUAUCUGCCCAGAAAGAAGAGGGUCUAAAACUAAUGCGGGCAUCCUGAAGGACACUGAAACAAUUCAGAAUGAGUCAACUCACUCCUCAAGAAAGAAAACAAAAAAUCCUAAAUUCAAAUUGUUUAAUCCUGAUUUAUCUAUGUUGUUACCGACACAAGAUGGAAAUGCAGAAUUAAUCAGUAUUCAGGAAGAGAAUAAUGAGAGUUUCCAACAGGAAAAAGAUCAGCUUGAAAGCAGGACAAAAGAGCGAAAGCCGAAACACAUUGACAAGAAGUUAGAAAAGGAAAAGAAGACUGUUGUAGCAGAUGCACCAAAGAAGAAGAAGCAGAGUUCAAAAUCAAGACGUAAAGGCAAGGCCUCUGAGAAAUUGGACAGAGCAAGUUCAGACCGAUAUGAAAAUGAUAUGUCUAAUGUUGGUGUUAUUGAAAACUUCUCAGCAAUUUGCGAGUCACUAGUUGACCAGUCUUCCAUAGAAAUAGAAGCCUUGGACAAGAUGUUCAAUAAACAAGAUGAGGAACACAAGACAAGCUUACAGAAAAAGUACCAGGUGACCAAAAGCUCAGAUGAAGAAUAUCGGCAGGACAAUUGUUCAAUAGUAAAUGAUUUGAAAAGCGAACUAAGUUGGAUAGCUAGGCGAUCAACUGCCAAGAAAAAGAAAAAUCAGAAAACUUACAAGAGAAAACCUGUCAUGAGAGAGAGACAGCAUAGACCUACUGACACAGAUAGUCAGCAUAUGGAUAGAAAGGAUGAAAAUGGUGAAGAACGAGGAUAGUGAGGACGA